UCAUUACGCAACCAAUAACAGACGUAGCAACACAGUUUAUUGGUCGAUAUCGAUUGAUCGGUUAAAAGAACUCAAUGCUUUUUAAACUGAGAUCAAUUAUUCGAAAUGCAUUUCUAGGAUUAUAUUACAUUGAAUUCUUCCUACUCAUCAACUAGUUUCAGGAUUACUCGUAUACAAUCCAAUCAGAUCUGUGAUCAUACAUACUAUAUACCAGCAGCUGUCAGUAUGCAAUAUAUCUCUAAUCAUUUGUGCUGAAUUUCAGUUCAUCAUUGGUGGAAUUACAGAGACAUUUAUCAUUACAGAUAUCCAACUUUGACAGUUUAUCCUUUCUUGUGUACACAUGUUUGUGAAACCGCCUGUAGUCAGAACAAACAGAAAUCUUCGUGGACGCCCUCCAUCUACACCUACCUCUCUGGUUAUAACAGGUCGUCCACUGUUACGACAAGUGGUCAGAAGUCGUCGAUCAGAUCCAGUCCGUGAAGCAUAUGUUUUCGAAGUUAGAGAAGGUCCUGUGGUUAACAGCAGCACAAAUGCAGGUGCUGCAGUGAUGAUACCCCAGCCAUGGGUUAUUGUGCACGAUUAUUUCAAGGGAAGUAGUUUUGUUAGUCUUCCUGUGUCUAUUUGCAGCACACUAUUGAAACACCUAUUGACAUGUUCUAUGACUGAUGAUGAUGAGCACCAGAUAGAAAGUUCAGAAGAUAGUGAAGUGGAGUGUAGCUCUUCACCUUCGCCUAAAGAUAAGGAAGAGGCGAGUUCGACUGAGACACUCGGUGAAGCAGUAUCACAAGUUGAAGGUGAGACGGUGACCAAGAAAGCCUCUUCGAGAGUGGGAUCUCGGACAUUUCAGCUGAGUUUAUUGAAACCGAUCAGAAUAGUAUGUGAAGCGACGGGAUGUACACUAGAGGUGACAGCACGUAAUCCUGUAGCAAAGCACACAUCUGUUAAUUCAGCAGAACCAACACAAACAGUGCAAGCGGAUCUUGACAAACGAUGGCUUGUUUCAGCUCCACUGGAAGUUCGGACAAAUGUUUCUUCAAGUGUUGAGCAAGCUGUUGAUAACAGUGGUAUCGGCAGUACCACUAAUGGAAGUGGUCGACGUCAGAACUUUUGGGAGAGGCGUGGUACAUUGGAAUUACAUGAGAGAUUAAUGCCUCAGCUGUUAACAUUUCUUGCUGAUGUCGUGACUCGUUAUCGAACAGUUGAUCUAAUUCCAAAAGUUCCAUCACUCUAUAGUAUGUCAGGAGAAAGGAGGUUCUUGUUCAAUUUGAAAGACACUCGAUGGGGAAAACGACUUCACAUUUCCCAAGUCACUGACCUACAUCGUAAUAUUAUCGGUAUUCCAUUAGAGGAUUUGGUCAGUUUCCGUUCAAGGUUAGAUACAGUGAUACAAAGUUUAGGACUGGAUAAUCACUACGCCAUACGAUCGUCUAUUUAUAGAAGCGGUGAGAAUCGGUCAACACAUAAGGAACAGCAUACAUCAGUUCCAUCUCACAACACCUCCAAUGCAACAAGUGAAUAUGUGGAUGGUAUGAAGAGAGACGAGCAUAAUAAUCGGAUUCACACGAACAAUACACGAAACCGUACUAUUCAUGGACGUGAAAGACGUUCUUUACGUACAGGGGUAUUCGCAUUGAACAAUAUGGAAGGUGGGUAUGUAGGCGUAAAUGGUGUACGUGGACAUCAAUUUAAACAAACAGAGAAGAAUCAAAUGUCUUCUAAUCGAGAUUUAAGACAUCUGAUGAAAUUGAAGAUAAUUAAGUAAACAUGAGUUGUGAUAUUGAGAACAUGUCGGAACCGGUGGCAUAUAUAUAUAAAUAUUGAGGGUUGCGAAACCCUCAAACCAGACUGACUACUCACUCAUCAAAGGAAUUAUACCUACACAUACGCACACAUGUUUGAGAGGAAAAACCAAAAUAUAAUUUUAUUGAACUGAG